AUGUCAUUGAAUGCUGACGAAUACAAACAACAAGGUAACUCCGCAUUUACCGCUAAGGAUUACGAUAAAGCCAUUGAGCUUUUCACUAAGGCUAUCGAAGUGUCCAAAACCCCAAACCACGUUUUAUACUCCAACAGAUCUGCCUGCUAUGCUUCUUUGAAAAAAUUUAGCGAUGCUUUGAACGAUGCUAAAGAAUGUAUCAAUAUUAAUCCAUCUUGGUCAAAGGGUUAUAAUAGACUUGGUGCCGCCCAUUUAGGUUUAGGUGAUCUAGAUGAAGCUGAAAACAAUUACAAGAAAGCCUUGGAAUUGGAUGCUAGCAAUAAAGCCGCCAAAGACGGAUUGGAUCAGGUUCAUCGUACUCAACAGGCAAGACAAGCACAACCUGAUUUAGGAUUAACACAGUUGUUUGCUGAUCCGAACCUAAUUGAAAAUUUGAAGAAAAACCCUAAAACUAGUGAUAUGAUGAAAGAUCCCCAAUUAGUAGCCAAAUUAAUUGGAUACAAGCAAAAUCCACAAGCUAUUGGUCAAGAUCUGUUUACCGAUCCAAGAUUAAUGACUAUCAUGGCUACAUUGAUGGGUGUUGACUUAAACAUGGAUAACUUAAAUCAAUCAAACUCCAUGCCUAAAGAACCAGAAACCAAUAAAAGUGCUGAACAAAAGAAAGAUUCUGAAUCACAAAACAAUCCUACCACAGAGAAAGAAGACUCUUCUAAUACACCACAACGUGAGGAGAAUAAGGAAUCCGACCCAAUGGAAGUCGAUGAGGACGAUUCUAAAGCCGAAGCCGACAAAGAAAAGGCUGAAGGGAACAAGUUUUACAAAGCCCGUCAAUUUGAUGAGGCUAUCGAGCACUACAAUAAGGCAUGGGAGUUGCACAGAGAUAUCACCUAUUUGAACAACCGUGCCGCUGCUGAAUAUGAAAAGGGUGAAUACAAAACUGCUAUUGCAACCCUGAAUGAUGCUGUUGAGCAAGGUAGGGAAAUGAGAGCCGAUUACAAAGUAAUUUCUAGAUCAUUUGCUCGUAUUGGUAAUGCUUAUCAUAAACUUGGUGAUUUGAAAAAAACCAUAGAGUACUAUCAAAAAUCAUUGACUGAACAUCGUACCGCUGACAUUUUAACCAAAUUAAGGAAUGCUGAGAAGGAAUUGAAAAAAGCCGAGGCCGAGGCAUACAUCAAUCCUGAAAAAGCAGAAGAGGCACGUCUUGAAGGUAAGGAUUAUUUCACAAAGAGUGAUUGGCCAAAUGCUGUUAAGGCUUACACUGAAAUGAUCAAAAGAGCACCUGAAGAUGCCAGAGGAUAUUCCAACAGGGCUGCCGCCCUAGCAAAGUUGAUGUCUUUUCCCGAAGCUAUCGCAGACUGUAAUAAAGCUAUUGAAAAAGAUCCAAAUUUUGUAAGAGCCUAUAUUAGAAAAGCAACCGCGCAGAUCGCCGUCCAAGAAUACGCUGCCGCCUUGGAAACACUGGAUGCUGCUAGAACCAAGGAUGCCGACGUGAAUAAUGGUGCUAGUUCCAGGGAAAUUGACCAGCUGUAUUACAAGGCAAGUCAACAGAGAUUUCAACCGGGUACUGGUAACGAAACGCCAGAAGAGACCUAUCAACGGGCCAUGAAGGAUCCAGAAGUUGCUGCAAUAAUGCAAGAUCCUGUCAUGCAAAGUAUUUUGCAGCAAGCUCAACAAAAUCCUGCUGCUUUACAAGAACAUAUGAAAAAUCCAGAAGUAUUCAAAAAGAUCCAAACCUUGAUAGCUGCUGGUAUAAUCCGGACUGGUCGCUAA